CAAAGUUUUUUUUUCAAAGUUUUGAUUGAAAAUUAGAAAAAGAAAGUUUAUGUGAUAGUGAUAAAAACUUAAACAGAUUGUAUACUUCAUUAUGAUAAAAAUAAAAUAAAAAACUAAUAAUAACAAUAACUGAAAAACAAAUAAAGAUAACAUGAGCUCUGUGAGAGGGACGUUUAUCAUGAUCAGACCGGAGGCUGUUCAAAGGGGGUUGGUUGGCGAGAUCAUCAAGAGAUNUGAGUUGAAUGGUCUCAAAUUAAUAGCCAUCAAAGCCAUCAUUCCAAGUAGGAAUUUGAUGGAAUCCCAUUACGAAGAACAUGCCGGUAAGUAUUUCUACGAGAGGUUGGUUCGCGAUAUGACAGUUGGACGCGUGAUAUCAAUGGUAUGGGAAGGGGUAAACGCCAUCAAAGUCAGCCGAAAAAUGUUGGGCAACACUAACCCGGCAGAAGCUGAACCUGGAACCAUCAGAGCCGAUUUUGGACUCUCUUUGGAGCAAAACGCGUGUCACGGGAGCGAUAGCGAAGAGAGUGCGGCCAGAGAAAUCAAACUAUGGUUCGAUGAAGAUGAAUUGUGCACCUGAUGUUCACUCAUGUUUCCUUUCGUCACAUCAUUAUAUCACGUCAAAACUGCAGAUAAUAAUUUUCAUAUUUUGAUAUUAAAUGUUGAUUUUUUUUUUUUGCUUUUAACUUUUUUAUCGUACUCUUCAUAACUUCAUAUUAACACACAAUUCAUUCCAAUUAGUUUUUACAUAAUGAUUAAUUUGUAUCGAGGAAACGUUUUUUCUCGAGUCGAGCUAUAUAACACCAAUCUUUUUACAACAAUGUAGUUUUGUAAGGCAUUUUUUCCUUUUUUGGCUAUUGUUUUACAAGUGUUAUUUUUAUUUUUUAAUAAUGUUCACACCAAUAAGC